UUGGGUGCAUCAUCCGGAGUAAAGAAAGGUUUUGAGGGACCAAAGAAUAUGAAAUUGGAGAACUGUUUCUCAUUGCGGUGCUCAUCACGUGUUCCUAUCCUAAUUAGAGUACACAGCGUACAGGUAUAAACGGUGCUCCACAUAGGUUUGACGUUUGGCUACGAUGGUGGAAAGAUGUGUAAAUAAACAACAGGAAGGAGGUAAAGCAAAAAACUGCAAUGCUGCGAACUGAUUACGCAUUACUUAACGGCCCCAAGCUGGGAGGUGGGAUGCUCGUCCGAUGUAUUUGUGAGGCACAAGCGCUUAGAAAGCUGUAAGCAUCAUCCAUAGGCUAAGCCCCACCGGAGGAUGAUAGUUCGUUUUCUGCUAGGUGUAGUGAAUGUUCCGACGUGGUGUACGGUUCGCGGGAGAGCUUGCGCCGUGUUUGAUAAGUGCUUAUCUGUAUCCUUUACACUGAAAUCAUUCUGCCAAUGCCGAUAAAUGUGUCCGUUGGUAAAUUCUGAUAACCAUUGAUUACGAUCGAACGCAAGGGUGGAAUAAGAAAAAUAAGCGCUCCGCACUCAUCGGGCUCGUGGUGUUUUGGCCGUUUUUUUUUCAUGAUGAAUUUGCGUUCUGGAAGCAGGACGUGAUACAUUGCAGGACAUCACAGUUGGUACAGUUACCACGUUUCAAAGGUCAAUUAAUGAUUCGAACGUAAGCGACAACACACAAGAAGAAGGCAACGCUAUCUCGUCGUUGCGUACCCGCGCGCAAGCUCUAAUCGCAAGGAAGGCGCAAGACACCACCCAUCGGAACACGUUCCCACUCGGUCUGGUGGCGCGCAGUUUCAGUUCAUCGAUAGCAUUCACUGAACUCGGCCAUCCGUUUCUUUUGCUCUCGUCUCACGGUCAGCCCAAAACUUGAGCCCUUUGCGCAAAGGCAACACAAUCCCGUACGCAAGUGAAGGUGAAAGUACGUGCACGUGCACAUUACGCCACAGUUAAAUAUUCGACAAAACGGCAACAUAAAAAGGCCACGAAAAUGCCUUCGAACGGUGGAACCAUCAACAAAGACUUACAGGCGGAGCGGGACAAGUGUACGUUCAACAAUGAAGAGUUUACCCUCUGGUGGGUCGGUGGCGAAACAAAGCUGAAAGAGAAGCGAUUCCGUGAGGACUUCUUUCUGAAUGAUCCCGAGCUGCAGGAGAAAGUGCCUCUGCAUUUCCUUUCCCACAAGGAGCUGUACGAGGAAUCGGUACGCAAGGCUACAGUGGCGUUCCGCAAGGUACGCAAACUACAGGAAAUGGGACAAGACGGUGUGGACAAUUACUCUGCCUUGUUAGGUGGACUCCUUGGUACGGGUAUUCUGAAGCAGGGCAACCCACUAACGGUUCACUACGUAAUGUUUCUGCCGGCAAUCCUUGGCCACGGUACACCGGAACAGCAAGCUGAAUGGUUCGGACGGGCUUGGAACUGUGAAGUUAUUGGAACGUACGCACAAACCGAACUCGGCCACGGUACGUUCCUGCGUGGGUUGGAAACGACGGCCACGUAUGAUGAGCGUACGAAGGAGUUCGUACUACAUAGUCCUACACUAACCGCGUACAAAUGGUGGCCGGGAGGAUUGGCACACACGGCUAACUAUUGCGUGGUAAUGGCGCAACUUUACUCCAAAGGAAACUGUCACGGCAUUCAACCGUUCAUCGUGCAGCUGCGAGAUGAGGAAACGCAUAUGCCACUGAAAGGCAUCACGAUCGGUGAGAUCGGCAACAAGCUCGGCAUGAACGGUGUUAACAAUGGGUUCCUUGGGUUCGAUCAUGUGCGCAUACCGCGCAAAAACAUGCUGAUGAAGAACGCCAAACUGCUGGAGGACGGUACGUUCGUGAAGCCCCCAUCGCAAGCACUCACCUACGGCACGAUGAUGUUCGUGCGCGUGGUAAUAUGUCGCGAUAUGGCGGCCUACCUUUCCAAAGCGGUAACCAUCGCGGUACGCUAUUCGGCGGUGCGACGCCAGAGUCACAUCAAUCCGGACCAAGCAGAAGUGCAGGUGAUCGAUCACUUGACGCAACAGUACAAACUGUUCCCGGCCAUUGCUAAGAGUAUUAUCUUCAAGCUAACCUCGGACAAUCUGUGGGAGAUGUACAACCAGGUAACGUCCGAGCUGGAUAAGGGUGAUCUGGAACGCUUGCCCGAACUGCACGCGAUUGCCUGCUGCCUGAAGGCGAUAACGACGGCGGAUGCCGCCACCGGUGUCGAGGUUUGUCGGCUGGCGUGCGGUGGCCACGGUUACAUGACGUGCUCCAACUUUUACGGCACGUACGGCAUGGUUACGGCCGCCUGUACGUACGAGGGCGAAAAUACGGUGCUGCUGCUCCAAACCGCACGCUACUUGAUGAAAGCGUGGCAACAAGCACUCCGUGGACAGGAAUUGGUACCAACCGUACAGUAUCUCGGUCGGUUUCUGAGCAGCAAAAAUCGUCGCGUCGAUUGGGACGAUUCGAUUGGCGGCAUUAUUCGCGCACUUCAAACCGUUGCCGCCGGCAAAUUGCGCCUAGCCGCAGAACAUAUUGACCAGCGUCAGAAGGCUGGUGCUACGCUGGAGGAAGCAACAAAUCAAACGUCGAUCGAGCUGGCACGUACAGCCGAUGCACAUUGUCGCGCAUUCUUGGUACAGUCCGGGUACGAGAUGAUCGAAAAGGGUUGCGAAACGGUUUCGCCCGAGGUGGCCAAGGUGCUGCGCACCAUUUACCAUCUUUACGCGUACGAUGAAGCACUGAAGGCACUCGGAGAUUUGCUACGAUUUACCACUAUUUCCGAGAGCGACAUUAACCGGCUGCAGGUAAAGCUGGAAGCGGCCCUGGCCGAACUGCGCCCGAAUGCGGUCGGCAUUGUCGAUUCGUUCGACAUCCCGGAUGAUGUGCUGGGAUCACCGCUCGGUGCGUACGACGGUAACGUUUACGAGCGGCUCUACGAGGAAGCUAAAAAGAGCCCUCUGAAUCAGGAACCGGUCAAUCAAUCAUUCCACAUGUACUUGAAACCAUUCAUGAAGUCCAGUCUGUAGCUUUUACAAAACAACAAACAACCGGUGAUAGAGAUGCAAAUUUUGAUUAACGAUUUACGAACUAUUUUACAACUGCUACGGAAGGUGGAAUCCUGUUUUUAUAGCUAUAUUUUACCACAAAUACCAAGGGGACCGCAAACCGGUGCGUGUGCAUGCUUUAUUAUGCAAUUGUUAAAUAUAAUUAUAUCCAAAAAAUAAUAAUAA